UUCUCUCACUCACUCACAACAAGUAAACUUCCGUUUAAGCUUCUUUUUCUGCUUUCCUUUUCGCCAACGAAUUUAGCUUUUUUUGGUUUUUUAUUUUUCUAAAAUAUGUCUAUUGAUGUAGCUUGAACCUUCCUAUUUCGGUUUCGUGAGACUGAAAAAGAUUCUCAUUUGUUUGAAUUUCUUUUUUUUAAGAAAUUGAUUCUGUGAUUCAAUUGGUUGAGUGAUCCAUGUCGUCAGAUAUAAGUUAGUCUCACACACACUCUAUCCUGUUUACGUUAAACAGUUAAUUAGUUGUUUUCGUUUUUUGUUGAUUCGAUUUCGAAGAAAGUUUUGUAUAAUUUGAUGGCGAAAUCUUCGAGCACAAGUGAGGGAACCGCCGUGUUGUUUGAAAACUUGAAUGGUUUUUUAGUAUUUGUUAGUUAUUGAGUGAAGAGAAUUGUGAGUAAGUUAGGGUUUGUAAAAAGUAGUUGGCGGUUGAGUAAGGUUGGUUGAGGACAGGGGGGAUGGGCAGGGGUUGGCUUUUACUAGCAACGGUAGGACCACCGAUAAAGCCGCGGACCGGGUUGCGGAGAAAGCAAGCUGGAAGAGGCUCUUACAGAGGCAGCUAGGCUCAGCUAGAGGCUUAAUACAAAAUCAAGGAGACAGGGCCUUGGGGCGUCGUGUUUUUGUAUUUUCCUUUUUGUUGUUUUGAGAGCUAAGUGAAGUAACAGCUCCGUGUGUUUUAAUUUUUCACGAUUUCUGUUUUGAUUGAGAAAAAGAGAUGGAUACUGGAACUCCUGAGCUGCACGGAGUAUUGAAAAGCCUCUGUUUUAAUACGGAGUGGAAGUACGCCGUCUUUUGGAAGCUUAAGCAUCGGGCUCGCAUGGUGUUGACCUGGGAAGAUGGUUACUAUGACAGUUGUGAACAACUUGAUUCUUUAGGGAAUAAGUGUUCAAAUGAGACACUUGCGAAUUUGCAUGGCGGGCAUUAUUCACAUGAUCCCCUUGGAUUGGCCGUGGCAAAAAUGUCUUAUCAUGUGUAUACGUUAGGGGAAGGGAUUGUUGGACAGGUAGCAGUUACUGGAAAUCAUCAGUGGAUCUUUGUCGAUCAGCAUGUUACUAGUUCUUGCUCAUCCAUUGAGUUCUGUAAUGGGUGGCAAAGCCAAGUUUUAGCUGGGAUCAAGACCAUUGUCGUUGUCGCUGUUGGUCCACUUGGAGUUGUACAGCUUGGUUCUUUGAAUAAAGUCAAUGAAGAUGUGAAGCUGGUGACUCAUAUCAGAGAUAUCUUUUUCGCCCUUAAAGAUUUUUCAGUUGGGCAUGUUUCUAGUCCAAUACAAUGUAGUAUGAAGAGUACAUUAUCCCUGCCAGACUUUACUACCAAGAGUGUAACUUCAGAAACUAUUCCUCAUUGCUUGAGCAAUUUAGAUAAAGUUGUCAACAAUGAAAGACCAAAUGUUCAUUUCCCCAUGUUCCCAUAUGUUGAGAAGCAUGGUGAUAGUUCUUAUAUUUACCCAGUGUCUGGUACUCAGCCUAAAACAGCAGUUGAAGUGGUUAAUAAGCAUGAAGAGAUUCAAUUUUCCACACCAGGUGGUGAUGGAAUUGACAAAUUACUCCAGCCAAAAUCAAAUGUUAUCAAUUUGCAACAUCAGAAUCAAAUGGGAAUAAAUUUGAUUGGGAACCAGAUGGGAGAAGGGGUGACUGGUGGCUGGAAAGAUUUAGGAAUGGUAUCUGAACAAAAUGUCCCUCCAUUUUCAAUCAAUUCUGUUUUCAAUAGCAUAAAUUUAUGUACUGCUGCAUUUCCAACCGAAAAAUUUGUCGUUGAUCAUGCAUAUUUCCCUACAAACCCACUUGACUCCACUCUUAAUGACAGAGUUAAGUCGGAAAGCAUGGAUUCUUAUCAAAAUGGGAUGUUGUAUGUAUCUCAAUCUUCAGAUUUCAAAUUCCAUAAAGAUCUUGAGAGGUUAGGGAAUCAAACUGAAUUCGGUCACUCAAACCCAUCAGACACGCCUUUGAAGUUCUCUGCUGGUUCUGAGCUGCAUGAAGCUCUAGGACCUCCUUUUCUGAAGAAAGGUAUCUAUAAUGAAAGGGAACCAGAAAAUGCUGAAGCUGGAGAAACCAUUGAGAUGCCAGACGUGAUGAGCAGCAGCCACUUGACAUUUGAUUCUGGCUCAGAGAGUCUUCUAGAAGCAGUAGUAGCUAAUGUUUGCCAUAGUGGCAGUGAUGUUAAAAGUGAUAGAUCAUUCUGUAUAUCAAUGCAGUCACUAUCGACAACUGAGAAAAUGCCUGAGCUUUCUGAGCAGAAGCACACCGUUAAUUCAGUAGAUUAUUCUAUAAAUCAAUCCUCUCUUGUAGAAGAAGACAUAAAGAAGUGCUUGAGUUCCUCAGAGGUAUAUGGUGCAAUGUCUUCAAAAGGGUUUUCAUCAUCUUGUCCAAGUGCAUGUAUUGAACAGUCGGACAGGUCUUCAGAGCCUGCUAAGAACAAUAAAAAAAGGGCUAGACCUGGUGAAAAUUGUAGGCCUAGGCCAAGGGAUAGACAGCUGAUCCAGGAUCGUAUCAAGGAGCUGAGAGAGCUUGUGCCAAGUGGAUCAAAGUGUAGUAUUGAUUCCUUGCUGGAGCGAACAAUCAAGCACAUGCUCUUUCUGCAAAGCAUCACUAAGCAUGCUGACAAGCUUAGCAAAUGUGUUGAAUCGAAGCAGAAAGUUGCCGGCAUUAGAGAUUCAUCCAAUUAUGAACAGGGUUCAAGCUGGGCUGUGGAGGUAGGAAGCCAACUGAAAGUUUGCUCAAUCAUAGUGGAGAACCUUAACAAGAAUGGACAGAUGCUUGUUGAGAUGCUGUGCGAGGAAUGCAGUCACUUUCUUGAGAUAGCAGAAGCCAUCAGGAGCUUGGGUCUGACAAUCUUAAAAGGAGUUACAGAAGAGCAUGGUGAUAAGACAUGGAUAUGUUUUGUGGUUGAGGGACAGGAAAACAGAAUUAUGCGCAGAAUGGAUGUCUUGUGGUCUCUUGUGCAAAUAUUGCAAUCAAAAGCUAUGUGCAGCUAACAACAGUUGCUGGCAAUCUCCUGGGAGACAACCUCAUUGGCUUCUUUGUAAUAUAUAGUGAGACAUUUUUUGUCUUUGUGGCAUUUGGCCCCCUGAAUUCUUUUUUGUAAUAAAAAAGGGAGAUAAAGGGGAUAUUAAAAAAUGUUAUUUCAAAGACCAUUUUUGCAUUUCUUCUUGUGUGUGGAGAUACCAUCUAGUCCAUCUAUUUGAAAGCUUGCUAAUUAUAUUAAUAAAGUGUCUUGAAAUCCAA